AUUAACAAAUUUAUGUGGGUGCAGAGAGAAUAUUUCUUAACACACACGCCUGCUAGUUUUCGCCAUGGUCGCCUUCUCAUUUGGAUCGCAUUCGUAUUUUUGAGAUCUCUGUCUCCGUUGUAAUUCUCAACCACUUUUUCCACUUUCACCUUCAAAAUCCAUACCAAUUGCGAUACAUAACCACCGAGUACCUUGAAUUUCGAGCCGUCGUUGAUUUCUUAGCAUUUUCGAUACUCUACGGGAGCUGGGAAAUAAUGACAGCCAUUGCAGUUCAUCAGUUCGCUCACUGCAUCACUUGCCAUGCUUGGAGCCCUGACCACUCUAUGGUUGCAUUUUGUCCUAACAACAAUGAAGUUCACAUUUACAAAUCAUUACAAGACAACUGGGAGAGAGUACAUGUUCUUCAGAAGCAUGAUCAGCUUAUCUCUGGAAUAGAUUGGAGUGUUAGGUCAAACAGAAUUGUGACUGCAUCUCAUGAUCGGAAUUCAUAUGUUUGGAACCUCGAAGGAUCGGAAUGGGUACCAACUCUUGUCAUUCUUAGAUUAAACCGUGCUGCACUCUGUGUUCAGUGGAGUCCAAAAGAAAACAAGUUCGCUGUUGGAAGUGGGGCAAAAACUGUUUGCAUAUGCUACUAUGAACAAGAGAACAAUUGGUGGGUCAGUAAACUUAUCAGGAAACGACAUGAUUCUUCUGUGACAAAUGUCGCUUGGCAUCCGAAUAAUCUGCUUCUUGCAACAACCUCAACGGAUGGAAAAUGUCGAAUCUUUUCCACCUUCAUUAAAGGCGUUGACACAAAGGAUUCAAAAGCAGGCACAUUUUCGGAUUCAAAAUUUGGAGAGUUAAUUGUUCAGCUUGAUCUCUCAUUCUCUUGGGCAUUUGGCGUGAAGUGGUCUGCAAGUGGGAAUACCUUAGCUUAUGCAGGUCACAAUUCCAUGAUUUACUUCGUAGAUGAAGUUGGUCCUUCUCCUCUAGCCCAGAGUGUUGCAUUCCGAGAUUUGCCUCUUCGUGAUAUACUAUUUGUUUCUGAGAGAAUGGUUAUAGGUGUAGGAUUUGAUUGCCAUCCAAUGGCUUUUGCUGCUGAUGAAAGAGGGAUCUGGAGCUUUGUAAGAUUUCUUGGAGAGAAGAAAACGGCGUCAGGUUCAAAAUACGGAUCCCAGUUUUCAGAAGCAUUUGGAAAGUUAUAUGGUCAACCGAGGCAAGGUGUUGGCAAUGAUUCAGUUGAAUCUUCAAGAUUGCGCGGAUGCGUCCACGAGAAUUGCAUAAAGUCCUUUGGUGUCUCGAAAAUAUCAGCAUAGUACCUUAGCAAGGAUUGUAUCAUGGGCACCUCUUCUUCGUCUCCCUUCGUCUCUCCCUUUUCUUCCCAAUCCUCUUCUUUUUCUAUUUCAUAAUUUUGCAGUUCCAAAAGGAAUCCUUGGUCUUCUACUUCCCAGGUUUUCUCCAGCGUUUUUAAGGAACACACUGCCCUGAUGAGUGAAGGAUCCCCCUUUAAAAUUAUUGGCUUUUCUCCUACCAUAAACGACAUAGUGAGGUGUCGGCCAAUGGAUCUUCAUGGUUCCGGUUGUAUCAAGCCAUUGCAUACCCAAAACCACAUCCACUCUUCCCAACUCCACAGCCAAGAAGUCCGCCAAAAUGGUUAACUCCCUCAGUUUCAGUUUUACUCUCUUGCAGAUCCCUUUUCCAAGACAACGUGUACCAUUCCCGAUUGUUACUCCAAAUUUUGUCCCUUGUGUGAUCUUCAGUUGUUUCUCCUCCACUAGUGCCUCGUGAAUGAAGUUGUGGGUUGCUCCACUGUCAAUAAGAACUAUCACUUCUUUUCCUUCUAUCUUCCCUCUCAGCUUCAUGGUUCCCUUAGAUGUGAGACCGGUGAUUGUCUUGAGUUCGAUCUCUCUUUCCUCUAAUAUAUCUAAUUGUUUUAGUUCCACAAUUUCCUCGGUGCUCUCCUCGCUUGGGUUUCCUUCCUCCACACUUUCUUCCUCAUUGAGAAUAAAGAGCACCAGUUCUCUUUUUUCCUUGACCUUGCAUCGGUGACCGGGUGAGUAUUUUUCAUUACACCUAAAACAUAGGCCCUUAUCCAGUCUUGCCCUGAAUUCAGUGUCUGACAGUCUCUUCACAUGGGGUUCAUUUCUUUGAUAAUUUCCCUUGAUGGAAAUAGAGACUUGUUUCAUCUGAAAUUCACUCCUCUUUUGACUACUCUUCCCAUUAUUCUCUGGUGGCUUCCCCGACCCUCCUCCUUUCGAUUCUGUUUUCUCCUUUCGAUUCUGUUUUUCCCCACUCUGCUUUGGCUAACUGCAAUGCUAAAUUUCUAUCAUUCACUAACUGCUAUACCUAUAAAUCAUUCACUAUGAUUUGCAGCAAAUAUGCCCCCACCUUUUAAGAUGUGUAUGACAUAAUGUUGAUAUGAAUCAUUUAAGGCAUCAAAUUAUUAUUUAUAAUAUAUUUAAUAAUUUUGAUGUAAUUUUAGCAUUUUCCAAUUUAUCAUUUUUACGGUGAUUUAAUUAAGAUAUUUUUAUCAUUUUACUGUGAAUUAUGAUGUGAC